UCCUGACAGCCCUCGAGGAGGUAAGAACAAUGCGAUGUUUCGAUUUGUCUCCAACGCUAGCCUUGUCUUUUGGAUGGUGCUCAUUACAACUAUCAAGUCUAUUGAUACGCUCCCAACAAUGAUAUAAAAUAGAAGUCGUCUCAAUAUUAAUCCUGAUAGCCCGCAAGGAGGUAAGACUAGCACGAUGUUUCGAUUUGUCUUCAAGGCUAGCCUGAUAUUUUGGAUGAUGUUCAUUCCCGCUGUAUUCCGCUACCAGAGCUACUGUCAUCAAAUAAAGGAUAAGAUUCAGAGGAAAAUCGUAUCUGGGCGCGAUAUAGAGUUAAAUGCAGAAGAUACUAUUUCUUCAAGAAAUCGCCUGGAAGAACGCAGUAUAUCAUCUUUGCGUGAUACAACAUUGGAAGUCUAUUCCCAUGUUUUGAGAGAAAAGAGGGAAAUACAAGAAGAAGUUUGUAGUUCGGCUGCUUCAGAUUUUAAAUGUAGUGAUACAGAAAGAUCCUGCCGAGAUCGAUGUGGUGAUAGAGUGACUAUCGAAAAUGCGACGCAGUUUUACUGCCAUUGUGAUGAGUUAUGUUCGCACUAUGGUGAUUGUUGUCGAGACUAUGGGCACCAAUGUCAAAAUUGUAACGCUACUGAAAGAGGUAUCAUUGAAACUAAUCAGACCCUCGUUGAUAUCGGAAAUGAUAGUUGCGCGCCUGUUUUUGUUCAUAAAACACAACGCGCAAACUACCAAUGCACGCGUGUUCAGGGAGUCGUGCGCGUGUACCUUAAAGCAAGUUGUCAUGCGGACUAUAAGAAUUUUGCAUUGGAGAAGAAAUGCUUAAGUGAAGAAGAGCCCUAUUCAAAAAUUCCGUGCUACGAUGCCAUUAAAGAUGAACAUUACAAGAAUAUAUAUUGCGCCGAGUGUAACUUCGUUGAAGCAGCGCUGUCAUGGAGACUGAGAAUCAAAUGCACAGAUGCGAAUUUCUUAAACGAUUUAAAUCUUCGAAGCUUGAAUAUUCCUCGCAUCAUGGAAUUCAUACUUGAUUCAACAAACAUUGGCCAUGGAUGUAGAAUCGAUUAUAUGGAACCCUUGUUAGAGAACGUCCAACAGUUACGCCCAUGUAUCAGUACUCAGUUUGAGUGUGAAUAUUGUGAGGACACAACUCUGGCAGCACUUUGCCAUACCUACGGACUAGACCCCAUUGAUAACGUGACUGUUUAUCAUAACCUUUAUUGUUGGAAGUGUAGUCAAAAGUUCGGAAGACCGAGAUUUACACCAUACGCUCAGUUAUGUCGACUUGUCGAAUUCGCAGAUAUACCACCCGAACCAUAUGAUGAUUUACAGACACUUUCGUUUCAAAUUCUAAUGGACGUUACAGGAGAUACUAUCAACGUAAGAACUGUCGCUGAUCAGCAAAACACUGGAAUAGCUGAAGUGGAGCUUUCCUGUUCCGAUGACGUGUUUCAAUGCCGAUUGAAACGAUGCCUUGGCAAUUUGACAAGAAUUGGGGAUGAAUGUGUCGUCUCGGUGUCUGAGAGAACAGGUAGUUCAACGGUGAACCCAAGAAAUUCACAAGCAACAGUGAAAACAGUAAGGAAGAGUAAAGGGGCGGCAAGUACAAUGGCCGAUAUCUCACCGCUAUUGAUGUGGCUUUUGAUCCCGACGAACAUACUAAUGUGAACAGACUAAUCUAAAGAUUUCAAAUUCUAAUUUCUAAAGACAAAGUCCUAAAGCUGAACACUCGUUCAAUUAUUACUUCUAUAUCAUAAUACCUUACGUUUAAUAAAGCUACUAUUUAACCUCUAGUAAUUUAUUCUCUUUUCAAAUGGCCUUGACAUGGUAUAGCUCGUAAAAAUGAAAAUAUUAUAUUAUUUCAAAUAUCUAAAUUGUAAAUUAUUUACAAAAACAUCUACAAAGCACAAUGUGCAUAUUUAGUGUAUAAAAAUAAAGGCAUAUUACAAUUGA